AAAUUCGAACACCUUCAGCAUGAUUCAAAAUGAUGCGUUCAAUGGUUUAUCUCAUCUCCAGUAUCUAUUCAUAGAGAACAACAACAUCCAGUCGCUCUCCAAAUACACAUUCCGAGGCCUCAGAUCUCUCAACCAUCUAUCCCUGGGAAACAACAAUCUGCUGGCACUUCCGAGAGACAUCUUCAGGGAUCUUCAUGUUCUGACACAUUUGGAUCUCCGUGGGAAUGCUUUCCAUUGUGAUUGUAAGGUGAAAUGGCUGAUGGAAUGGCUGCAGCUGACCAACACGUCAGUCCCUCCAGUGUACUGUUCAAGCCCGAUGAAAUACCAGAAUGUCAGGGUGACCCACCUGCCAGUGAAGGAGUUUGACUGCAUCAGGACAGAAUUCAGCGUUUACCAAACCUUGCCUUUCCAGGCCGUGUCCGUCGAGUCCUUCGUUUACGCCGACGACCUCUUUGUAACCUUUGCCCAGGCCAACAGUGGGAACUGCAGUUUCUUCGUGUGGGAUCACGUCGAGAUGGUCUUCCGGACAUCGGCGAAUAUCUCUGCUCACGCUGCGGUCUACUGCAAGCCGCUGGUGAUCGACGGGCAGCUGUACAUUGUCCUGGCGCAGUUGUUCCGAGGCUCCCACAUCUACCGGUGGGACGGCUACGGGGGGACAUUCGUCAGGAUCCAGGACAUCGACGCCGCCAGGAUCCAGAAACCCAACGACAUUGAGACCUUCACCAUCGACGGCGAAUGGUACUUUGUGAUUGCAGACAGUUCGAAGGCUGGCUCCACCACCGUUUACAAGUGGAACAAGGUGGGAUUCUAUUCCCACCACUCCCUCCACCCCUGGCACCGGGACACAGACGCUGAGUACAUCGAGACGGACAACAAACCCAAGCUGAUCCUCGCCAGCAGCACUCAGACCCCGGUCAUCUACCAGUGGAGCAAGUCGCAACGGCAGUUCACCUACCUGACCGAAAUCCCCGACAUGUUGGACGUGCACGCUGUGAAGCACUUCCAGUUCGGCAAGGCCCUGUACCUCUGCUUGGUCCGUUUCAUCGGCGACUCCAAGCUGGUGAAGUGGGAGGGCCAGCGCUUCACCGAGAUCCAGGCCCUGCCCUCCAGGGGCUCCAUGGUCGCUCAGCCCUUCCGCGUGGCACACUGGCAGUACCUGGUGCUGGGGAGCGAUUUCUCCUUCUCCCACGUCUACCUCUGGGACGCCGGGAAGCUGAGCUUCAGCCGCUUCCAGGACUGGAGCGUACGCACGCCCCGGGCGUUUCAGGCGGUGCCCAUCCACAGCGUGCACCUGGUGCUGGCUUCCAGCUUCAAAGGGAGCACCAUCGUCUACAGACACCUGGUGAUCGACACCAGUGCUUAGCGGCGCCAACCCAAGAGAGCGGGCAUCGCCACCCCGUCCACCUUUCCCGGGGAAGAGGCCCCUGACGGUUUCCCACACUAAUCUGAGCCGCCACGGCUGUCGGUUUUUCCUAACUCAGUCUGAGAGUUCGCAAGGUUCACCAAGUUUGUAAUCUCCUCAGAACGAUCAGAAUUUAUCAAAUAGAAUCAUAGACUCCAGGCAGCGCAGAAAGAGUCCAACCCCUUGUGCCUUCUAAAUGCUCGCACGCCUCACAUCCAGUGCUGAGUUUAUCGAGACGGUUCGAGGUUUGUGUGAAGAUUUGUGGCUCGGGUGCCGUUUGUGGGCUUAUUUGCCGAGCUCGCAAGUUGAUUUGCAGAUGUUUUGUCCCCUGUCUGGGUGACAUCUUUGGAGCCUCCUGUUUAUUGUGUCUUUGAUUAGAUUCCCCUACAGGCCCUUCGGCCCAACAAGUCCACGCCGACCCGCCAAAGAGUAACCCACCCAGAC